ACUGUGGCGCCGCCAGACCCACUGCCAGUUUGCCAAGUGCAGUGCGCCGCUACCGCACGUCUGCUCCUCAGCCUCGCCUACAGACCAUAAUGAGCAGCAGCACGUUAGCCCGGCUGCGAUGGAUGCUGGUCGUUGCUGCAGCUCUUCUGGGCGGGGUCGCUUCCGUCAGAGGUCGUACAGCAUUCGAGAAGCUUACCGACCAGGACUAUCGGGGCACAACAUAUUACUCUGUGAAGAAUCUGACACUGUAUGAGUGCCAGGGUUGGUGCCGGGAAGAAGCCGACUGCCAAGCAGCUGCUUUCAGCUUUGUAGUUAAUCCAUUAACGCCAAAGCAAGAAACAUUGUGUGAACUCCAAAAUGAAACUUCAGCAACAAAUCCAUCAGUAACACCUCAGCGGUCUGUUAACAUGUAUUACAUGGUCAAACUUCAGAUAAGAUCAGAUAAUGUGUGCCUUCGACCCUGGGCAUUUGAAAGAGUUCCAAAUAAAAUGAUACGUGGACUAGACAAUGCUCUUAUCUACACAUCUACAAAAGAAGCCUGCCAAGCUGCUUGUCUUAAUGAGGAUCGCUUCAUAUGUCGUUCACUGGAAUAUAAUUAUGUUACGUUGCAAUGCCAUCUCAGUGAAUCUGAUAGGCGUACUACAGGACAGUAUGUUCAAUUUGUUGAUGCUCAAGGAGUAGACUACUUUGAAAAUCUGUGCCUCAAAUCUAACCAAGCAUGCAAAGGCAACAGACAGUAUAUCUCCCCAAGGAUUGGAGUUUCAGACGAUAAAGUUGCACAGUAUGCCAGUCUACACUAUUAUGUUGACAAGGAACUACAGGUGAACAGUGAAGCAGCUUGCCGGCUUGCAUGUGAAAUAGAGAGUGAGUUUCUUUGUCGGUCAUUUCUUUACCAAGGACCUCCAAUUGGAAGUGCAUACAAUUGUCGCCUGUUUCAUCUUGAUCACAAAACACUACCUGAUGGACCAAGCACCUAUUUAAAAGCUGAGCGUCCACUUAUAGACAAUGGAGAGCGCAUUGGUUCAUACUAUGAAAAUGCAUGUGAAAAGUCAAGCAAUCCAUCACUGGAAACAUUACCAGUUGUCUUUGAUACUACAGAAGAUCCUAGUGUGAACAAUCAGAGUCGCACAGAUAUCAACUGUGAUAAGACCGGAACCUGUUAUGAUGUUUCAGUUAACUGUAAAGAUACCAGAAUUGCUGUCCAGGUGCGUACAAACAAACCUUUCAAUGGGCGCAUAUAUGCACUUGGACGAUCAGAAACUUGUAACAUUGAUGUUCAGAACAGCAACCUUUUCCGGUUGGAUUUAACAAUGAGUGGCCAAGACUGCAACACACAAUCAGUUACAGGUGUCUAUACUAACACUGUAGUUCUGCAACACCACAGUGUGGUCAUGACAAAGGCUGAUAAGAUAUACAAAGUGAAAUGUACUUAUGACAUGUCUUCAAAGAAUAUAACAUUUGGAAUGAUGCCAAUCAGGGAUCCAGAGAUGAUCAGUAUUACUUCUGCACCAGAAGCACCUCCACCACGUAUCAGAAUUUUGGACAGUAGGGGUCGUGAGGUGGAGACAGUGCGCAUUGGUGACAAGCUGACAUUCCGCAUUGAAAUUCCAGAUGAUACUCCAUAUGGUAUAUUUGCACGAAGCUGUGUUGCAAUGGCAAAAGAUUCAAAGAGCACAUUUCAGAUAAUUGAUGAUGAGGGCUGUCCAAUAGAUCCCAGUAUAUUUCCAGCAUUCACUCCAGAUGGUAAUGGGCUGCAGUCAGUUUAUGAAGCCUUCAGAUUCACUGAAUCCUAUGGUGUCAUAUUUCAGUGCAAUGUGAAGUACUGCCUUGGGCCUUGUGAACCAGCUGUCUGUGAGUGGGGACAUGAGUCUGUCGAAUCAUGGGGGAGACGUAAGAGAUCUAUUGCCUCCAAUCACAGCAACACUGAGUCAUCAGAAAAUGAUGAUAUGACUCUUAGCCAGGAAAUUCUGGUUCUUGAUUUUGGUGAUGAGAAAAACAGUGAAUUUCUCCGCAAUGAAGCUCCAUUUUCAGAUUUUUCAAAAGAUAAGACAGUUACAAUUGUGGAACCUUGUCCAACAAAAACAUCUGUUCUUGCUCUCGGAGUCACAUGUGCACUUCUGAUACUGAUUUAUAUCAGCACAGUUUUCUGCUACUACAUGAAGAAGUGGAUGUCGCCCAGGAAGGUGCUGGGUUGAAAUUCACGAUAUUUCCAUUAUUAUGUGAAAUCAAAAUACCAACAACAAAGUCUAAGACAGUUCAACAAACAGCAUUAAUUUUACACAUAGGGACAUCCAGCUACAUGUCUGUGCAUAGAGGGUUGCUGUAUGAUAAAUGUUGCCCAGUGGAAAUAAUUACUGCCAUCACGUUGAACUUAAGUUUGAAGCAUACAAGAAACAUGAAGAACCAUUCAGAUCAAACAUUUGAAGUGCUGUGUGAAAUACUUCACUUUAAACCAAUUCUUCUCAGUUUCAGAAGUGAAAUUUUAUAAUACUGAUGCAAAACGCUUUAAUGUUCUUGUUACGGAUGUGGAUAUGUGAUACCCAUUUUGCCGUAACACUUCUGCUCUUUUGCUCGUCAUGUACUCUAAGUCCUAAUGACUAGUGGGACUUCUCUAAUUUCGUAUGAUUAAGCCCAAAUCUUCAGCUAUCAGUGUAUGUUGGUUGCACAGUGAUUUACAAACAAUUUAAACUAAAGAAAUUUUGAAUUGUAUCAAAAAGAAAAUUCACUUGAGAAAACCAUUAAAUUAUGAGGCAGGAUCAUUGAACCAUACUUGUCUACACGAGUCAAAGUUAGUAUUGCUCCCUCAGGAAGUGAUUAUAUUUAGUACUACAGUUUCUCUGUGUUUAUGAUAUUUUUUCAUGUUUAGCUAACCUCUUUCUUUGUUUAGCACAGUACUAAAUAUUUUGCCUCCUGAAGAAAUUCUGAAUUAUUAUUUAUAUGGCCAGUAUUUAGAACACAUUUUGUUUCAUGUCCCAUAAGUUAAACUUUCAUUAGAAGUUUAAAUGAAUGUAGUAAACAUAAUCCAGGGCAAAAAUAAAUAUAAUUUUAUAGUUUGUGUGGUGUAGAUAGGAACAACACACAAUCUGCUUUUUCAAUUUUCAAACAUUUUUUGGAUCAUCUUUGUAAGAACCACCACCAUACUAAUUAAAGGCAUAAUCAGUAUUAUGCAAUGAAAACUUGAUGUGGGAUUGAAAUGUCAGAAGAGAUUGAUAAUUGUAUUAUAUUUAGUUAAAUGAACAGUUGGUAAAGUGAUACUAUUAAUUGAAAAAUCUUUUGGAAAUAGUAGAUUAUUAUGUACCUUAGACAUAGCUGCCAUUUGCUGCCAACAAAAUCUGAAGAUUUGGGUCUUAUUCAUAUGAUACUGUAGUAAAAUUGAUGAAUACAAAAAGCCUAGGAAUAAUGAGGGUUCAAAACUCAUGUAAAUAAUUAUUUACAAGGCUUUUUGGCACAUUUUGGGACAAUGGCUGUGGGUGUGGUGGAAGAAUACUCAUUAGCAUGUAAGUAACAGUAUCAGCUGCUAUUCAUAUUUUGUAUAUAUUCUACAUUUCAUAAGUUUAUUUAUGUAAUUAAUUAAAAUAAAUAAGCUACAUUUGUAGCAAUGCAACAGCA